UCUAGUAGCGACUGACUCAGGUGCUCUCUCUCUCUCUCACACAAACAUAGACCCAGAACAGUAAAGAGAGAAAAUAAAAAUAUAUAUUUUUAAUAAGAACGAGGCCACAGCUGUGUUAGACAGAACGAGGCUACAAACGCGUCAUCAAGAGCAAAAUUGUCCUAAACUCGCAAGUGGGGACGAGCGAAAACAGAUAUUUGUUUUUAAGCCAAAUUAGGCUAUACAUUAUUAUUUUUUUUUUGUGAAGAAAAGAUUUCAUAUUCGUAACAUUUCCUUCUGAAACAUUAGUGCAAAAUAGUGGUGGGAAUUUGAAAAAAAAAUGUCUACUGUUAAACAGACAACUCCAACGCCAGGUUCGGAAAACACUGUUAGGAGCGUGGAGGAUGGAGUGAGUAGAGUGGAGGGCGUGAAGGUGCUGGAGGAAUACAUGGUAAAUCUCGUACCUUACAAUCCCGCCUGGCUGACCAGCCCUCCACCCUGGGCCACAAACAUGGCUCUCUCACACGAGGACUUGCUAGCUAAGACACAGGAGUGGCGUGAGGGAGUGCUGUGGGAGACGACCCUACAGGUGGGCGGGGGCUUGGCAGGUGUCCUGAAGGUGGGGGUGAACCCUGUUUAUGGUCGGCAUCUGCUAGCUGCAAGAGGCAUGAAGGCAGGGGAGGUCCUGCUGGUAGAACCUCCACUGUUGUUGGCUCUCAGGGCCAAGUCUUCGCCCUACUGCUCCUCCUGCUUUAGAAGGGCUGAAACUUUUACCUGCCCUUCCUGCGGCUUUUUUCUUUGUGGUCCAGAAUGUUUAACAGAGGCUCACCGGGAGGAGUGUGUAGUGCUGAGACGCUUGGGACUGGCGGACCCAUCUGAGGAGGAGAGACAACAGGAGGAGAGAGUGAUGUGGGAACACCUGGCUGCCAUGCCCUGCGAGCAACGGGCCCAGGCGCAGGUAUUGCUGCAGCAGGUGCAGACAACCUCCCGUCAGCAGAGGCGCCUACAGGUGUUACGCCAGUAUACAGUGCAGCCAGCAGUACGGACUAUCCUCGCCAUGAAUCAUAGUGACUUAACCAGGAAACUUAUUCUGACACUUCAAGCUAAUACGGAUAAAGAGUCGCAGCGUUACCGAGUCAACCAGAAGAAUAUCGUUGAUGUUGUGGUUAACACACUGGGUGCAGCCAGCGACCUUGAGCUGGUUCACUGGGUAUGUUCCGUCUGGGAUACUAAUGGCUUCGAGGUGCCACUGGGGUGGGGCACCAGGGUCCAUGGCCUCUAUCCCAUGGCAUCCCUGCUGACCCACGACUGCCGCGCCAACACCCAACAGUGGUUUACCAAACACGGUUACCUGGUACUCAGAGCCGUGGAAAACAUCUCUGAGGGAGACAUUCUCACCACCUGCUACACUGACCCCCAGUGGGCCACCAUGCUACGUCAGGAUCAUUUGCGUGUGUCGAAGCAGUUCACCUGCACCUGCAGACGGUGCCAGGACCCAACCGAGUUGGGUACCUUCCUGGGGUCUCCGCUGUGCCCAAGGUGUGGUGGAACCCUCGUCUCUUCUGCUCCUCUCGACCCUACAGCAGACUGGGUAUGCCACUCAGGAUGCCCACACACUGCCCCUGCCAAGGAGGUUGCAGCUUUUGGCGCAAAGGUUGGUAAGAGUUUGCAUGGGUUAUCUCCAAAUGAUGCAGGCGCCCUAACAGCCCUAGCAGAACAUUUACAAGCUGGUCUUCACCCUACACAUCAUGUCCUCCUCCAGCUACACGUUUCGACCCUCAAAACCAUUGUCAACAAGGAGCUUAAGGAGAUGAGUGACACGGAGAUAACUACAUUGGCCGCCAUCGCUGACUUGGUAAUGGGAGUGGUGAGGGUCUUGGAGGCCCCGCUUACCAGACUUACAGUGAGGAUGGCUCGAGAGGAGGUGAGGCUGCAGAUAGAGCUGGCCAGGAGGUCAGGUCACCCCAGCCACGACAUGCCAGCCACCAGGAGUAGGUUGAAGGCGCUCUCUCAGCAAGUGAGGGACUGUGAGCUGGUGCUGUCAUGGGAUGUACGAAUGCCAACCUUCUCGUCGGUGUUACGAGACUACCACGCCAUGUUAGACCAGUGACAUUCCACGAAAUGAAGCAGCAGCCUUAGAAGAAUAAUGGUGCAAAUCGUGUUGGUUUUGUCACGGCCUGGUGGCACCUAAAGUCGGUUCCUGACCAGCCGGGCUGUGGCUCGUACGUUGGUUUGCGUGCAGCCAGCAGUAACAGACUGGUUGAUCAGGCUCUGAUCCACCAGGAGGCCUGGUCACAGACCGGGCCGCGGGGGCGUUGACCCCCGGAACUCUCUCCGGGUAAACUCCGGGUAAAGCUCUCGCUUCACACGGUGAAGGUCCGGGUUCGAUUCCCGGCGAAGGGGUGGAAACAGUGGACGUGUUUCCUUACACCGGUUGUCUAUGUUCACCCAUCAGUAAAAUGGGUACCUGGGUGUUAGUGGACUGUUAUGGGUCGCAUUCUGGGUCAAAACUGACCCGAAAUGCUCUGCAUAACAAGUGGCUUUCUAUAUAGUAGUAUAUCAUUGAUGUCAGCUAUGGUCUGUAUACCUUGUACAUGUACGUACUUGGUUUUGUCAUGUAGGAACAGUGGUGGAUUAGGCUGUACUCACCUAAUUGUGGUUGCAGGGGUUAAUUCACAGCUCCUGGCCCCCUAGCCUCUUCACCUGUCGCCACUAAGCCCUGCUCCAUGAGCCUUAUCAUACACCUUGAAGCUGUGUAUGGUUCCUGCCUCCAUUACCUCACUUUCCAGACUGUUCGACUUCCUGACAACUUCCUAACAUCCCUAUGACUCAUCUGAGUCUUCAAUUUCCAAUUGUGACCCCUUGUUACUGUAUCCUAUCUCUGAAACAUUCUGUCCCUAUCAACCUUGUCAAUUCCUCUCAGAAUUUUAUGUCCUUAUCAUGUCUUCCCCCUGUCCUCCAGUUUCGUUAGGCCGAUUUCCCUUAACCUCUCCUCAUAAGACACGACCCCUAGCUCUGGGACUAGUCUUGUUACAUUAUUAUUAUAAUCAAAAAGAAGCGCUAAGCCACAAGGACUAUACAGCUAGUCUUGUUACAAACCUUUGCACUUUCUAUAAGUUUUUGACAUGCUUGACCAGGUGUGGGUUCCAGACUGGUGCUGCAUACUCUAAUAUGGGCCUGACGUACACAGGCCCUUAGCGAGGUAUCGGAAGGCUAUUCUUAGUUUGCUAGUCGCCCAUAUGCUGCUGUAGCGCCUCAGGAGCCACAGCCGGGCUGUGGCUCGUACGUUGGAUUGCGUGCAGCCAGCAGUAACAGCCUGGUUGAUCAGGCUCUGAUCCACCAGGAGGCCUGGUCACAGACCGGGCUGCUGGGGCGUUGACCCCCGGAACUCUCUCCAGGUAAAUUCCAGGACCAGUAGUGGGUGUGUAGUUAAGAACAGUGGUGGAGCAGAUUGUGUAAUUGUCAUGGAGAACAUUGGUGAAUUGAGUGGUUUAGUUGUCAUGGAGGAUGCUGUAUAAUUGUCAUAGAGGAUUAUUAUAACCAAAACCAAGUGCUAAACCCACCAUGGCUAUAUAGCACUGCUGUCAUAGAACAUUAUUAUAAUCAUAACUUAGCACUAAACUUGUAAAUUAUAGAGGACCAGUGUGGUUAUUUCCAUUAGGGUAUUAGAUCCUCCAAAGAUCAACUGAAUUUUAGAUUUGUUUAUUUCUAAGUAGCAGAAGCAGUGGUCAUUGAGAUUUGCCCAUAUGCUUUGCCCUGCCCAGAAUGUGCCAGGGUCUUUUCAGCUGUGAGCCAAACUACCACUGAUCUAUGUAGUGAAGGAACAAAAUUGAAUCAUGAUAAAUGGCAUAAAAUACUGACAAUGUAAAAAUAGACACAUGCAGUAUAAUGCAAAUCUUGACUGACUUUGUUAGCCCAGUGUUUGUGACGAUGAAGGCCACUGUGGGUGAAACACAUUAUAUUUAUAUUUAUGAGAAGCAUUAAAUCUAUGUUGGUCAUUCAGCUCAAGGAUUGGAGGAGGCUUAGUGCUUUGUCCACUAAUCGAAAGACUGAACUGGUUACUUUCACAGCUGGCUUCUCCAAACCAGAACAGUAGUGGAAAAAGUCAUCAGUUAUUAUUUCAAUCUUUGGAAUGAAUUAAAUUCUUAGCAGUUUGUUAUAUAGCACCUGAGUUGUUCAAAAAACAUCCAUGUGCGGUACAAAUGAUUAAAAUAUUUAUUAGUUUGCCUUAUACAUAAUGUAACCUAACAUCUAGACACUUCUCAGUUUUCCUUCAUAGGUGGGGCAUAAACCACUGAACAACUGAGGACCAGUUGACAGCAAAAAUCAUCCCCGCCAACCUGAGUCAGGCUCUUGUGUAGGUUAUCUACUUGCAGAUCAUAAUGUGUAUACUUCACUGUUUUGUAUGUAUAUUUUCAACUAAAUGUAACUAUAAUUUUUUUAGAGAUUAAAAAAUGAUCUCGGCUAAAUUUAACAGCAGGGAGUCUUUUAGAAAUGUACAUUACAUUAAUACACAUUAGGUGCAUUUGUAAUUUUUAUAGAUAAAGUCUCUAUUUUUCAGUAUUGUUAUAUCACCUCAUUUAUUCACUAAUUUAUGAAUUAUUGUGCUAUGAAUAUUUGUGUGAAGACUGAACUAUAGAUUAACAGUAAUCAGCAGCUAACCCUAAAAAAUGCUGUUUACAGAACACAUGAAAAAAUUGGGAUAUUCGGUGGCACUAUGUGUCCACAGAUACAAAACGUGGUCAAGAUGAUAGUAUCAAAUUAAUUGCUACACCUGAAAAGGUCAUACAGCACUGCAGGAAGAGAUGUGCUAAAGGGGGGAAUAUGAGGAGGUUAGAUGAGAGUGAUGAUGCUAGAGUAUGAAAGGGUUAGUGGGGAAUGUGGCCAAGAUCAACAGACCAAAGUUGAACUACUAUAUGGCUCUGAACAAGAUGAGGUAAAAAAUAAAAAUCUCAAAACACUAAAAGUAGAUACUCUUGUUGGCCAACUGAAAAAUAUAUAUAUAUAUAUGUAUAUAAAGUGAUAAAAUAAUACAAAAGAAUAGAUAAAGAAUAUUUUUCAGUACUAAAAAUUCAGAACAAAAAGACACAGCUGUAAAUGGAAAAUGGAGAAAAACAAGGUCUUUUCAAAAGGAUAAUACAGUGGACCCCCGGUUAACGAUAUUUUUUCACUCCAGAAGUAUGUUCAGGUGCCAGUACUGACCGAAUUUGUUCCCAUAAGGAAUAUUGUGAAGUAGAUUAGUCCAUUUCAGACCCCCAAACAUACACAUACAAACACACUUACAUAAAUACACUUACAUAAUUGGUCGCAUUCGGAGGUGAUCGUUAUGCGGGGGUCCACUGUAUGUACUUUUUUUUUUUUGCACUUAUUCACUGAAAGUGGCUAUUUAUUUUUUUAACACAUAUUCGUAUUCAACUUACGAUAUUUUCAGUUUAUGGUGGAUUCGUUGGAAAAAGUGGUUUAGCGUUUCUUUUUGAUUAUUAUAAUAAUAAUCGUCGGAAAAAGCUAUGUAUGACUUUAGAGGAGUAAAAAUAAUUCAUAAUUUCAUAAACAGAAUGGUAUAUUUAGUCAUAUCUAUAUCUGUUUACACAAGAAGAUGAAUUUUAACAAACUGCAGUAAUGUAAAGUAUAAAUGACUAGCUAUAAUAUAUAUUACUAGAAGUAAAAAUGAUAAUUAUUAAAAAUCAUGAUACAGUGGAACCUCAAAAAUCGAACUGCUCCCAACACGACCAAUUAUGUAAGUGUAUUUUUGUAAGUGCUUUUACAAGUGUAUUUUUGAGGGUCUGAAAUGGACUAAUCUAAUUUACAUUAUUCCUGAUUUGAAUAAAUUCAUUCGGUAAAGGCACUCGAACAGCCUUCUGGACCGAAGAAAGUUCAAUAUUUGAGGUUCCACUGUACCUGUACCUUAUACUUUCUGUAUAAAUUUGAUCAUAUUCAAAGGUCUGAAAACUUGCUUUGAACUACAGUAAUUCAAGCUCACUGUAAAUAAUGAAUGAAAAGUUUAUUUUACAUAUUUUCAGUAUCACCAAAACUCAUACAGUAUGUGAAUGUCUUACAUCCUCAUGUAAAAGCUUUAUUCAAUUAAACAAGUUAUAGUAUAACAACAAGAACUUAAAUUUUAAUCAGAAAGUUUAAAGUUUAAGAGAAAAUACCUUUAUAACAUCAUUUCUCAAUAUGAGAAGUGGUAUCUCCUUAGACAUAGGAAAUUUUUACAUUUAAAAACAUCAACAUUACAGAGUAUGCAAUAUCCUAUCACCUAAAAGAAUCUUAGUCCUGUAGUUCAGUAGAACACAUCACUAUACUAUAGUUUUGUUUGAUAGUCCACUGAAAAUUUGGAUCAAUUGGGUCCAGAGGCAUUCUAAACUUAUGGUCUAUCUGAUCUAACCAACCAUGAAAAUCUAAGGAAAAAAUCCACUAUUUUAACAGUAGAGCUACACAAUAUA